GGCAACACCGUCAUCGACCGCUCGCAGUGCGCGGCGGCGCGGAGCGGGGGUAUAUCGCUGUCAAAUUCCAUAAUACAAUCGGAGAUGUAUUUUCGCGAUUAAUUAAUUAGAAAAAGCUUUUUACUGAAUUAAUUCGCAGUUUAUUGCCCAAUUCAUUACGUUUAUAACGUUUCGUUAACACGAUAGCCGGGACGGUCACGCGGUCGCCCCCAUACCACAGUGAAUUCCGUACGCUCUUGGAGUCGCGCAUCUAUUUUUGUUUUGUAGCCCACUUUUAUUGUAAAUAUUGUUUUUGGUGUCGAAACUGCGGUGUUGGUGUUGAUUUUUUUAAACCUUUUUCGUCGAUAGCCAGCGUACCGUGAAGAUUGAAGGCGUGCGCCGCCUGAAACGCACUGACUUUCGAAAUUUUCGUCUCUGGUGAUGUGAAUUUGUGCCAACGAGAGUACUCUAAGGUUUAUUGUGUGCUAAAAGUGCUGUGCCAAAUGUUAAUACAGUGAUAUUUGUGCGAAAACUUCGUAAAAAAUAAAAUUGUAGGCAUUAAAAAAAUAUAUAUUUAAAUUUAGAACAAUAGGCUGUAGAGUAUCUUCGAGUGUUAUAAAGGUGACUAAUUAACAGUAAAUAAACACGAAUAUUAAAAACGGAAUUUCACAUAAAACAACACAAAAUGAAACCAAUCACUACAAACAAAGACAAUUUCACAUCUAAACAAGCGUAACAGUGAUUCAAGGCUACAAAACCGAAAGUGAUCCAAACACAGUGCAACUAAAUGGCAGUUUUUUGUUUAAAAUUGCAUUAUUUUAGUUGUUUGAAGCCAUGAGGCGAGUGUUCGGCGUCUGUUCGGACAGUUGGCUCCUCUGCGGACAGAAUGUGAGGGAAACAGUCAAUCCCCAAACACAAUAGAUGUUGGCUCUCCCCACGGGUCUGUGAUGUCGUGCCAGUCGCUCGCGGCGCGCGCGUUCGCCGAGCCAGACAAGGACGGCGUCACACACUGCUCGGGAUUUCACAGGUCUGUAAGAUUCAGUUCGGACUCGCGAAGUUCUACAAGAACGCCAAAUGAGCCAGAAUGCAAGCGGGAAACGCCAGGUUCGAUCUCGCUGACGGCGCUGGCGGUGACGCCGGUGACGUCGCAGAGCUCCGCCAUGAGCCAGUCUGCGCCGCCCUGCUCCACACCCUUCGACUUGCCGCACACGCCGCCGCCGCCGGUGCCGUCGUGCCGGUUCCCGAAGCUGGAGGACUGCGCGCACUUCCACUAUGACCGCGUGUCGCUCGGCGGGCUCGCCAUCGAGACCGUGCCCUGCGACGAGGACUGCGUCGACUCCGCGGACGAAGGUUGGGUGUGCCUCAAGGUCCGUUCUCACGUGAACUCGUCGUGUUCUGAGUGGCUGGAGGGCCGCGCGCUGGCCUGCAGCUGGUCGGAGCCGGGCGACGCCAGGGACUGGACGCUGCUGCGGAACAGGACCAACUUCCUCGCGCUCGACGACAUGCUGCACAGAUGUAUAUACGACAGAAAAGUGUCAGGCCUGCCGAACCUCACGGAGAAGAUGACUCCAGCGCUGAUGCAGGACGAGGAGGAGUACCGAAGGCUGAUAUCGGACUACGUGCAUCACCUGUCCAUCAUCGCCGACGACUCCAUCAACUGCGGACCGGUUUUGAACUGGCUGCAGAUGGAUAAUAAAGGUCACAAACUGUUAGUGGCGAAUGAAGACUCGAGCUCCAUAAACACGCCUGCCGUAGCGGCGGCCUACUCCGUCAGGAAAUAUGUGUCACAGGCUCGAGACGAAAUCAGUUUUGAAGUGGGUGACAUGAUAUCCAUCAUUGACAUGCCUGGUCCGCAGGAGUCGCUGUGGUGGCGCGGCAAGCGCGGGUUCCGCGUGGGGUUCUUCCCGCGCCACUGUGUCGCCGUCAUCGGCGACAAGGUGCCGCGCCACAUGACGCAGCCGCCGCCCAUCGUCGGAUCGGUGGCGGUCGCUCCAAUCAAACCGGUACUGCGUAAACACGGCAAGUUGAUAUCGCUGUUCCGCAGCUUCAUACUGUCGCGGCCGUCGCGGCGCAGCCUCAAGCAGCAGGGCAUCCUGCGCGAGAGGGUCUUCGGCUGCGACCUCGGCGAGCAUCUGCUCAACUGCGGCGAGGACGUGCCGUGCGUGGUGGUGUCGUGCGCGCGCGCCAUCGAGCAGCGCGGCGCCGUGGACGGCGUGUACCGGCUGUCGGGCGGCUCGGCGCUCACGCAGCGCCUGCGCGCGCAGUUCGACGGCGCGCACGCACUCGACGCGCGCGCCGCGCCCGACCUCGCCGUGCCCGACCCGCACGCCGUGCCCAGCCUGCUCAAGAUGUACUUCCGUGAGCUGCCGAACCCGCUGUGCACGUACCAGCUGUACGAGCGGUUCGUGAAGGCGGUGCAGGUGCCGGACGAGGCGGCGCGGCUCGCGGCCGUCAGGGACGUGGUCGUCAAGCUACCACCGCCACACUACAGAACGAUGGCGUACCUGAUGCGGCACCUGCGGCGCGUGUCGCUGCUGAGCGAGUCGACAGGCAUGACGGCGCGCAACAUGGCCAUCGUGUGGGCGCCCAACCUGCUGCGCUCCCCCGCGCCGCAGCACGCGCUGCAGGGCGUCGCCGUGCAGGCGGUGGUGACGGAGUUCCUGAUAUGCUACGCGGAGGAGCUGUUUGCGCAGGAGCAGGGGGCAGAUUCAGGACCGGAGUCUCUGGAACAGGAGCAGUGUGAAACACAAGAGGUGGAGCUCCGCGGCACGGAGUCCUGCAGGCGGCCCAAGAGUUUGCCCAUCAAUCCACCCACCAAGCUAUUGAGCUUGGAGGAGGCUCGUCGCCGAGGCCGCGCGAGUGGCUCGUCACCUCCCCGCUCAGCCCCGCCCGCGCCGCCCUCGCCCUCGCCCUCCGCCUCCGCCUCGCCCUCCGCGCCGCUGCGACCCACGGCACACCUGCAGCCGCAGUACAUCGAGGUCGGCUCCGGACCUAACAAUCUGCCGCAGUACCACACCGUGCUCGACUUACCGCUCUCAGGCGCCAAGCGCGGAGUGAAGCGGUCUCCGUCGGGCUGGCGCGGGCUGUUCACGCGCAGCAAGCAGCAGCGCCCGCGCCCCGCGCCGCCCCCGCCGCCGCCCGCCGCCGCCGCCACCGCCGCCGCACAGGAACCUGUUGUGGGCGGAGUGCGUCCGUCCCGUUCGUGCGAGUCGGUGUCGGAGGCGGACACGCUGCCGCCACUCACGCGCAAUCACACACAACCACUACGACAACACGCUCGGUCAUCAUCGUGCGAUUCGUAUUUCGAGCCAUGGCAGGCGGAGCUGGCGGACAUGCGCCUGCGCCUGUCGCCACAAGAGAGAGACAAGCACAUGUUCAGCGAGGAGGACGACCCGCAACAACGGCCUCACGAUGAUUCCCUGUGUUCAACUCCACCGGAAUCCGGGUUGUGCAGUGUGGAGCCAAGUCCCAGGAGGAACUUGCGAGUCGAUAUAGAGGCAGCUAACGAAUUGGCUGAAAGACGUCGCGCGGCGCUGGAGGAGCAGCUGUCGUCGCUCGGCUACAUCGACGGCGAGUCACCGCGCGCGCGCGCCCCGCCCGAGAAGCGAGCCUCCGCGCGACCCGCCAGCCCCGCGCACAGCGACAUCGCCAAGCGAUUAUGCAAAGAUCGCGACAGCCCCAUGGCGCCGCAGACAGAUUUCCAGAACACCGCGAACAACGUCAAACUGAGAGAGAGAAACUCCCCGCGAAAGACAAAGUCGACACGAUACAGCGGUGUACAUCAUCCGGUCGAUGAAAAGACUGUCGCCGUGACGCGACUCAGUUGGCACGGAAAAGACGGACACUCGACACUGAUCAAAAUCGAUUGGCCGGUUGAGAACAACUCUAUGAGUAAUCUGACGACUAGCACGAUAAACUCCAGUCCGAUGACUCCGGCCACUCCGGUGUACGAUCCGUUGGAAAGCGACUCCGAAGUCAGCGAGAGUAACAAACAAACGAUACAGAUUAAAAAUGACGUUUGCGUCAGCUGCGAUAAGGAGACGUGCCUCAAAUGUGAACUGAAGGCCACGGAUUUUGAGUCCAAAGUUUACGAGAACAGUUUGGAUCCAAGUCCUGUGCAUUCCGGAAGCUAUAAUUUAAACAGAUUGUCGGCUGUGUCGACGUCGUCGAACUCCGACCAGGAGAAGAGGGCCAAUGACGUCAUUAAAGUGAUGACGUCGUCGCAUGAGAGUUCUUCAAGUUACUCGAAUGUAAGCUCUAAGCAAGAUGAAUUGUAUGAAUGCUACGGGUUUACAAGACCCAAUUAUAUUAAUUUACAAUCUUCAAGCACCAGCAAAAGCUCUCCAGGAUCUCCUUUAAAAAGCCCAUUGAAAUCUACCAUAAGCAUCACAUUUAGAUCUCCUACCAAAACCAAAAACGAGUUUGAAGGCAUAGACGGAAAUAACACGCCCACAAACGACAGAGAUUCGGUCUACGAAGACAUAGAUUUAGAGAAAAACUUGUCUAUAGUAGAGGAGGCGAGUGUGCCGGAAACGGAUGCAAGUCUGCCAACGCAACAGGCAUGCCAACCUGAGCAUUUUAACGAUGAUCUCAUUAUAUUAGAAACUCCUACAGAGAGGUUCGAAGAUCCAGUAGACGUUUACAGCCAAGUGAAAUUCUUUAAAAAGAGCAUAGAAGAGGUCAACGCACUGAUUUUCGAUUCUCCAGAAACGGAAUGUCAAUACGAAGACGAACAAAGUCAUUACGAAAACGUUAAAUUUGAUAGGCACAACGACUACGAAAAUAUUAAUGUGGAGCUCAAAUUAUGUGACAAGAAACUAGAAAUUACUGAAGUCGAUAAUAAAGAACCGGAUUCCGUGGAGAAGGACAACGGAAAUGUUAUAAAAAAGAAUUUGAAUGUUCGUGAACUAGCGAUUAGGUUUGAAAGUCCUACUGAACAGAAACCACCGUUCACAUUCGAAAAGUUUAAAGCCGAAAUUAAAUAUCCAAGUCUGGAAAGGAAAGAAGACAGGAGGAAAGAAGAUGCCAAAGAUUCGAAAGUUAAACUAGCUAGGAGUUCUAGCAACGCGCGUUCGCUGGACGAAAGCGCUUUCGUUAAAGAAUUUGGUCAUGAAAAGAACUAUGUAGACAGGAGGAAAAGUCUCGAAGUCAGAGACGUUAAAAGAACGACUAAAUUGUUAGAUUUGAAUCUAAAUAUGGCGGACAAUGAAUCUAAAAAUAGUGUAACACCUACAAGUGAAAACAAGAUAUCGUUAAUACAAAGAUUUAAUGAAAAACGACCCACAGACAUCAAAAGCUUAAUCAGCGUUGACACAGAAAAGAAACUAAGCAGAGAAAGGAUAGAGAAAUACAAAGAAGAAAGAAGGAACUUCUUACGAGAGAAAUACAGUUCCCAAUCGUUCAGAAGUAAUCCAGAGCAAUUGACUAGGAUUAAGAUAAAGAAAGAUUUAGACGAUAAAGGCGAUUGUGAGAGGUUGAAUGACCUGCCUAAGUUUGAACGGAGAAAUACAGUGGACCUCGGACAAAGGAUGAGGUUUUCUGUGGCCAAAAGUGCCAACAAUUUGGACACUAUAGCGUCCCCCACUAGUCCUGAGAAAGGGGAACCGAGCGUCGAGUUGAGAGACAGUGAGAGAAAGGAGAAAUCGUCACCAUCGUACAACAUACGCGACAUGACCGCCAUAUUUGAACAAAAAACACAACACACGGGUUGACAACGCGUUUAUUUUUAUUUUAAUUAAAUUUAUAAUUUAACAUACAUGUUGGGUGGUGUGGUUUUGGUAUGUUUGCGGCGUGGAAUAAUUACGUUGAGUUUGUAGUGAAUUAUUGUACAAUGUUUUAUAUACAGUGUGUGUUUUUUGUGUGGAUUGUCAUAUAAAAAAACUAAGGCAGUCAUUAGACAAUGAACUAGAAAAAAAUGCACCAGGUCUAAAUUAAUAUACAUAGUGCAUUUUAGAAAUAUCGAAUAUUUAAUUAAUUAUACAAAGAAAACAUUUUAUCGUCUCAAAUUAUUGUCGUAUUUUUUGGGGCAUAAUACAGCCUAAAUUAUUUUUAAUUCACAAAUACAUUAAUUCAAAACCACGCCAUAAAACAUGCAAGAAGUCGUUUUGUAAUUGUUAUUGUAUAAUUUAAACUUAAUUGUAAAAUGCUUUGUAUUAUGAAAAAGAAAUAUUAAGUUGUGCCUGAAAAUGCUGGCGUGCAGUCUCGGACUAAGGUGAUAGUUUGUUUAUGAUUGUUGAAAGAAAACAUUAGUUUGUUUAAUUUUUUACUGAAAUUGCAAGAUAUAAAAUUGAAUAAAAAAAGAUCUUAAAAUAUUUGUUAAAAAACCUCGUAAAAAUUUAAAAAAAAAAAAAUUACACUGUUAAAGUUUAAGAGGAUUAUAAUAUUUUUCAAAAGCGAACUGAAUUUAGACGAAUCUCAAAACAUGUCAUUAUUUUAUUUAAUGAAUCUACGACUAGUGAGACUCAGUCCGCGACUGCACGAGUGUUUUCCUCUAUAUGUAAGAAUUUGUUACGUUAAAUUAUUUAUUAAUACUAUUGCGUAUUCUUAAUAUGCGCAUUGUCACGGACAGUGGUUCUCAAAGGUAACGCCCUUACAAGAGUGUUAUAGGGGGCAAGACUUAGUAAGUUUGAGUAAAUCAAAUAUUAGCUAGUGUUUCAAGUUUGUUUCUUUUAGAUAGGAAAGAAAAUUAUGUAGGCAAAGUUCUGUGGUGAGGAUAUUCACUAUGCCAUUUGAAACAUCGACAUAUUUUAUACUCAAAUUAUUGGUCACAAAUUUUGUUGAAUAAAUAUUAAAUUUAUAUAAAAAUGUACAAGAACUGUACAAAUUGUAAAAGAGAAUUUGUAGGUCUAAGGAAUUCUCAGAGGGCGUAGUUAAUUUUGAAAACCACUGUAUUACAUUACAGAGACAAUAGACUUGGAAAAUUAUUGAGGAUAAAAAUAUAAUUUGACAGCGUAGCUGUUAUUCACGUCGCUUUGCUGAGGCAGUGGCUACCUCAGGAGAGAAUUGUAUGCUGCAGACAAAUGGGUAAUUCGGACUUGUCAGAGAAAGUCUAAUGUCUGUAUAGUACCGUGACAUUGCUCCCAAUAUCUAACAUCACACCAUUAAACGAGUAUUAUUAAAUAUUAAUUUUCUCAAUAUGUAUAGUUUUUGUUGAACUUUGACAUCAAUAUGGCGUGUGUAUGUGGUUUUGGCAGCUGUUAUGUUAUGUCUAGGUUAGCCCUGACUCGUAAUUGUAUUGAUUUUUUUGUUGUUAUUAAAAAGCAACGUCUUUCUGAUAACUAUGACGUUUUACUUUUUAUAGGUUGUGUUUUUCUACGUUUUCAUAUUUAAAUACGCUGCGUACAUCGCCAUUUUGUUUGUAAAGUUUCACAAAAAAAAUGUUAUGAAUCUCCAGUUUUUUUGUUACACCUUAUGCCUUGGAAUAAGAUCUACUAGCGACAUCUAUACGUGUUCUCUAUUCGAUUGUUGCCAUAAAUUAAAAAAAAUGUAAUAAAAAUGCAUUUAUUAUCUAUAUUUUUGUAAACGGUAUUUAUGGAUAAUGUAGACACUCGUUAUGGAAUUGUAUAGACAUUUUUUUUGCUUUUUGUCUAUUGGUUUUGGUGCCGACAUUUUUGGUCUUAAAAGCCUAAAAGGAACCAACUGUAGUUGGUGAAUAAUUGGUUUUUAUUAUUUGCAAUCAAGUAAACCAUAAACGCAAUUGUCGAUAGUAGUUUGAUCUGCAGGUAUUUAUAGUAUGUCUGGAUGCACUGCGACUGUUAAUAUAACGCCUCGGCGUACGAAAAGGGGAUCAAAAAUGUCGGUACUUGAAACAACCGCGAAAAAUAUUUAAAACGAAAUAGCGUCUCCAAUAACAUAUAAUGAAUCUGUAGCCGCGUGUAACCGAGCAGCGACUAUUAAAUAUAAUAUAGGCUUCGAGCGCGACUUUGCUCGUACAAGUUCUGACCACUAUAUCGUACAAGUUAAGGAGUAAAUGUAAACAAUUAUCUACCUUUACAAUAAUCGAUUGUGCAGAGACACGAGUCGUGAGCACACUCGGGAUUGGUCGGUUUGUUGUCCGAAGCGUCGAUGUGCAGCGUGACUGGUUUCUCGCUCGAUGCUCGAUGUCCAUACACCUUGGUUCAAUUUGUAUAUUCGCGAGCUCGCCCCGCUGUUUACCUGUGCUCAUGAUUCGUGCCGUUAAUUUAUUUGAAGAAAUCAACAGACAAGGUAUUAUGAGAAUGGAGCUAAUUGUUUGCAGUUACUUUUGUCUUAUUCUUCCUGUAUUUAUCUAAUGACUCUAAUGUAUAGAAACAAUAUGCUUUUAUAUUCCAAAUAAUUAAAUGUAGUUGUUACCAGGUUUUUUUGUUGCAUUUAAAUUGAAGUAUUGUGGUUUUAGCCAAUUUCUGGGUAGUCCGAGAUUCAUCUAUUUCUUCAAGAUAUCGGAUACAGUGCCAUAAUGUUGUAUUUUAAAGUUCUGAGGUAUCGCUCAUGUAUACGCCAGCGACCUCUUGUGUAUGUAAUGUAAAAUGAACCUUAUACUGGCUAUAAUAACUUUGUAUUUUACAAAACCUGGUAACAACUAGCGUCACGUAUUUUAAAUUCCAAAUAACUUCCAUUAUUCUUGUUACGAAUGUGUCGUUUAUAUGUUUCUCUUCACAAGUAUAUGUUAAAAAGCAGAAAGAAGUUUUUAUUCUAAAUGCAAAAUCAAAAACUGGUCAUACGAAACUGACUCCUACUAGUUUCAUUGUCAGACAGAAUUUAAAUGUUCCUAAGUAUGCACAGUCGGUUACUAAAGUAGCUGAAUAAAUUAAGAAAUUUGAAACACAGACUUCUGACUACACAUUGACUUAAUUGAAAUAUUCUUUUUUUCAUCUAAAAUAAAGAACAUUUUGAAGUUGAAUUUAGUGACGACGAAACGAUUGUUGAUAGCACACAAAAGUUUAAAGCUGGUUUGAAAUUUUCAAUUUGUUCACCUAAUUUUGUGGCUGAGUGUACCUAUAUCAUUUGAGCUGGUGGACCUUUCCGAGAUCAAAUCUAGUAAGACAAACCUGUCUGGGAGACUUUCGUUUUUGUACUCUGGCAAGACAAAGUGCUAAACAGUCAUCAUCAGUCACAUGAAGUCCACAGCAGAAUAUAAAACUCCCCUAAAGAUUUCCAGACAGACCUGUCAAAGGCCUUUAGGACUAAGCACAAUAGACUAACAAUAGGCGUUGCGUUGCAACAAUUAUGCCGGCUUUGGUCUUUUCGUUGUGAAGAUAAACAUAAAAAUCAAUGUGAAAUAUGACUGUGACACCGCCAAACACUUUUCCAUUUUCUAAAUAAAAAUUUUGUAAAAACAUAAAAAAAUAAUUCCGUUUUGUAAAAUGUAUAAACGACUAUAUUAAUUAGCGUUACUUCUAUUCUGUCGUGGGCGUACUUAGGAUGUGGGGGGCAAAAGAGGAGCCGAUCACAACUAUGGAUUUGAAUAUGGAAUUUAAGAAUACAUUUUUGAUUUUUAAUAUUCAUAUCUGUUUUGUAACGAAUCAUACUUUGAGUAACGGUAAGGUACGUGAAAUUCAAAGUAUGCUUUUGAUAGCGUGAAUUAUAAUGUUAUCUCAAAAUAUAGGCAAUAUGAUAUAAUCUAUCAAGUCUGCCUAUAUUCACGGUCAUCAUCUACAAUGUUAUUGUGUACUAACUUAGGGUUCAGGUGCCUUCACAAUCUCUACUAAGUGCGCCCACACUCUUUCCCAUAUAAAGCGUAAGUGAAAAAUAUAUAAAAGUUUAAGAAACUAUAUGGUUAUUCGCGCGUGCCCAGGGCCGGACUCGGUCGAUCGCUGUGGGGCCCAUUCAUGUGUUACUCGUAUUUCGGAUUUGCCCUGAGUUUUUAGCGUUUUCUAUAAUUGUAUAUGUGCUUUCGAUAUUGUAACAGUAAGUAGAGGAUUUGUAUAUUGGACUAAUUACAUUGUUGAUAAGCGUUGACAGUUUUAUUGUAUGAUUGAUGAAAUUAACUUCGAAACAAAAAAAAGUUGAUAAGAGCUUAAAGGUAUCUUUUCCGUUAACCUGAAUUGAUAAAAGUGGUCAGAAAAAGGAUAGGAUCAAGGACAUUAACAGCUCUGUUGUGAUUAAACUUUAGACGGAAUUCUCUACAUAAAACAUUAAUUCGUUUUAUCCUUCAUGCAAGCGACUGUCUCUGGUAAUUGUAGUGUGAAUAAGCAACGACAUACAAGUCUUCAAAAACGGCUUUAAUUAUAUACAUAAACGUAGUGGUAAAUAAUCGCCCGAUUCGGUCCUGAGCAGUUACUAUUAAAUGUAAAAACAACCGAGCUUUAAGCUUCUCCAGUUAUGAGAGCUGCGCCGGCUGAAGUCGCGUCACUUGCACAAAAUAGUUGGCAAUGUGCAAGGUUCGGCAAUAUAACAUGGGGGGUAUAUGUCAAUGUGACGCGCGACUGCGGCCCUGUAUGAUUUUUUGUGUAAAAUAUACAAUAUUUAUAAGCUUGUAGACGACGUAUGAAGGAAUGGAAAUGAUAUACAAAAUAAAAAGGUAUUAUGAACUAAA